AUGGCGCAUCCAAUGUCCCUCCGAGACCGACAGGUCGCCUCCAUUCAAAAACUCUUGAAUUUAAAUCAUGAUCCCCACCCCGCAGAGGACUCCAAUGACCCCUCCGGCCACGCCAGCUUCGUCUCCCACUCCACCCCGAUUUUGAAUGAAGAUGGUGAUCCGAUAUGGAAAGUGCUGGUGUUCGAUAAUAUGGGCCGUGAUGUUAUAAGCAGUGUGCUCCGAGUUAAUGAUCUGCGAGCAUGGGGUAUUACCAUUCAUCUAAACCUCAAUUCCCAAAGAUACCCUAUCCCAGACGUACCUGUCGUUUAUUUCGUCGAGCCAAAUGAGACGAACAUACAGGCAAUCACGCACGAUCUAUCUCAUGGUCUUUACUCCCCCGCCCACGUUAAUUUCCUAUCCUCCGUGCCUCGGCCCCUCCUCGAGGAUUUUGCAUCCCAAAUAGCCACAUCCGGUGCCUCUGAACAUGUCGCCCAGGUUUUUGAUCAAUACCUCAAUUUCAUCGUGGCAGAGCCUGAUUUGUUCAGCUUGGGCAUGGGAAACAAUGCAUACUACAAGAUCAACAGCCCGAAAACGACUGAUGAGGAUCUUGAUUCGAUUGUCGAUAAGGUUGUCAGUGGCUUAUUUAGCGUCAGCGUUACAAUGGGUUCAAUUCCUGUCAUUCGAUGCCCUAAAGGCGGUGCAGCAGAGCUGAUCGCCACGAAGCUUGACCGAAAACUACGGGAUCACAUUUUGAACUCGAAAGACAACCUCUUCUCAGGCAACCAGCGCAGUUUGCCAGGAGUUCCUUCCUCGCGUCCCGUAUUGAUCAUCAUGGACCGAAAUGUCGACUUGGUGCCUAUGCUUUCGCACUCAUGGACAUACCAGUCUCUGGUGCAGGACGUGCUACAGAUGCGCCUGAAUCGUAUCACCUUGGAUGCCGACGAGCAGGACUCUGGCAAGGGUGGUAAGAAGUCAUAUGACUUGAAUAGCAAUGAUUUCUUCUGGCUGCGAAAUGCUGGAGCACCAUUCCCCCAAGUUGCCGAAGACAUUGAUGCUGAAUUGACACGAUACAAGGAGGAUGCAAAUGACAUCACGAAAAAGACUGGCGCUUCCUCUAUCGAGGAUCUUCAGAACGACACCAGCGCCUCUGCGCAACAUCUCAAGGCUGCGAUCACUUUACUCCCGGAAUUGCGUGAACGCAAGGCAGUUCUCGAUAUGCACAUGAACAUCGCCACCGCUUUGUUAAAGGGUAUCAAAGACCGCCAGCUAGACAACUUCUUUGAGCUGGAAGAAAACAUCACCAAACAAACAAAGGCACAGCUAUUGGAACUGAUUAAUGACCCAGCCAAGGGCAGUAAUUCGAUGGAUAAGCUCCGUAUCUUCAUCAUCUGGUUCCUCAGCACAGAAACCGAGCUUAACCGCACAGAGAUGACACAAUUCGAAGAGGCCUUAACAAAUGCCGGUGUUUCAGACAUUACUCCUCUCGCUUACGUUCGACAAGUCCGCGAAAUCACCCGUAUGACCAUGAUGACAACCGCCGCUCCAGAGCAGCAAUCCUCUGAUCUCUUCCGCGGCUUCUCCUCACUCUCCAAUCGUCUAACCGACCGUAUCACCUCUGGUGCUCUUGGUGCCAACUUCGACUCUCUUAUCUCCGGCGUCAAGAACUUCCUCCCCGCAAACAAAGAUCUUACUGUAACAAAGAUCACCGAGUCCAUAAUGGACCCAACCGCAGCAUCCAGUUCUGCUAUUGCCAAGACAGAAAACUACCUCUACUUCGACCCACGCAGCGCAAACGCUCGAGGUGCCAUGCCCCCGGCUUCCGCUUCCCGAAACCAACAAAUGCCCGGUUCAAUGGGUGCUUCUGGCCCUGGAACCGGUGCCACAUUUGGCCAACGGCGUCAAGCCUUCAACGAGGCUAUUGUUUUCACUGUCGGUGGUGGCAGUAUGGAUGAGUAUGGUAACUUGCAGGAUUGGGUUAAGCGAACGAGUGGCCAGCAGAAUCCUGAUGGUACCCCUGUGACCAACCGCCCACCUGUUGCUCGGCGCAGAGUCGUAUACGGAAGUACAGACUUGAUGAAUGCAAGCGAAUUCCUGACAGAUUCCUUGGUCCCAUUGGGCCAGGAAAGUUAA